AUGCCCGAAUCGACCAGAUAUUAUACUCUAGGAGCCUUUCUUCUGGGUGUAACGUUGACGGGAUUAUGGUCGGCAUAUACCGUAAAGCGGACAUUAGGUCCUGUGCCAGAGCGUGACGUAAAUGAACUGUCCAAGCCGCAACAAAAAGAGCUAUUACGGAUUUCAAGGAUAGAAGAUCCACACCUGCUGAAAAAGGCCCUUGCGGAACUGGAGAGAUCGUUCGAUAGAGAUGAAGAUAUCAAAGAGGGAAUCGAAGGCUGUAUCGGCAACACCCCCUUGAUCAGGAUCAAGUCGCUCUCGGAAGCCACCGGAUGUGAGAUACUUGCAAAGGCAGAGUUUCUCAAUGGCGCCGGAAAUAGCCCGAAGGACAGGGUCGCCCUCAGUAUAAUUCAGAUGGCUGAAGAGAAGGGAAUCCUGACACCACACUCCGGAGAUACCAUCUACGAAGGGACAGUGGGCAGCACAGGCAUUUCCUUGGCGGCCAUCUGCCGAGCUCGGGGUUACAAAGCACACAUAUGCAUGCCUGAUGACAUGGCGAUAGAGAAGUCGGAACUUCUGCUUAAGCUAGGCGCUGAAGUCGAGCGAGUGCGGCCAGCUCCUAUCGUAGACCAGAACCAGUUUGUGAACUUGGCAAGAACGAGAGCGGCGGAGCAUACUGCGAACCCUAACAAGCCAGGGAAAGGGCUUUUUGCAGAUCAAUUCGAGACCGAAGCGAACUGGAGAGCGCACUACACUGGAACAGGCCCAGAGAUAUACGAUCAAACUGGCGGACGUCUUGAUGCUUUUGUCAGUGGCGCUGGCACUGGCGGUACUAUCUCUGGCGUCGCUUUAUUCUUGAAGAAAAGACUACCGCAACUCAGGGUGGUUCUCGCAGAUCCUCCAGGCAGCGGACUCUAUAACCGAGUGAAGUUCGGUGUCAUGUUUGACCCUAAAGAGAAAGAGGGGACCCGCCGAAGACAUCAGGUAGACACCAUAGUGGAAGGCAUCGGUAUCAAUCGGGUUACACAUAAUUUUGAAGUCGGCAGGGAACUCGUAGACGAUGCUAUCAGAGUAACCGAUGACCAAGCGGUUGCCAUGGCCAGGUGGCUCGUGGAGAACGAUGGCAUUUUCGUUGGGAGCAGCAGCGCUGUGAAUUGCGUCGCAGCAACGAAACUUGCGAAACAGCUUGGUCCGGGCCAUAGGAUUGUCACUUUAUUAUGUGACAGUGGCGCGAGACAUCUCAGUAAAUUCUGGGCAAACAGAGAAGUAGGGGGGAGCGAGAACGACGUUUCACUCGAUCAGAUCCUCACUUGCAAGCGUGACUCCUCCUUGCUUCCGCGCGAACAUGUCGAGCAGACGCCGAGGAAGAAAGCCCGCGUCGAAUAA